AUGACUGUUUCUGACGAGGAAUUACUUAUAUCUCGACCUCCACAAUAUCAACAAAGAAAAUAUCCUUCACGUUCUGCACAACCACAAUCUAUUCAAAUUGAAUGUCAAGCUGAAGAACGACAUUUUAUAAAUUCUUCUUCAGAAAAAAUAAGUGGAUCUUUAAAACCAAUUCAUUUUACAAUGAAUAAUCAAAAUAAGCCAGGAAAAUAUCGAUCUGAAAUUGUUGUUCAUAAUAAUCCUAAUGUUGAUUUAUAUAUCAAAAGACUUCAUGUUGCUUUUGAUGCUUAUAAUGAUUUAUCAAUGUAUAAUUCAAAAAAUGAACGUUCAUCAUCACGUAGUCAUUCAACAUAUGGUUCAACACAACAAAAACAACGUCAACAACAAGGAAAGUAUCGAUCACUUUCAUUACCACCAAGAUCUAAUUCUCAAGCUAUACUACAUCAAUGGAUUGAUGAUAUUUGUUCAAAUGAAAAAUUAAUGGCUAAUGAUGAUAUUUGUUUUUUCCUUAAAAAUGUGCUUUAUAAAUUUGGUCCAACUUUUAAUCAUGCUGAUUAUUGUUUAUCAUUUGAAAAUUUUUGGAAAAUAAAUAGUUGUACAUUGUCAUUUAUAUCAGGAUUUAAUCGAGCAUGUUUAAAUGCAGUAGUGUUAUAUGUUUCAAAUAAAUAUUAUUGGUCAGGUACACAAUGUCCAUCACAUGAUCGAAUGGAUGGAAAAACUGUUGUUAUUACAGGAAGUAAUACUGGUAUUGGGAAAUAUACAGCUAUUGAAUUAGCUAAACGAGGUGCUCAUGUUAUUUUAGCAUGUCGAGAUCGAAAACGAGCAGAAAAAGCUUUAAAAGAUAUAUGUAGAUUAUCAGGAAAUAAUAAUGUUGAAAUUGAAAUACUUGAUCUUGCUUCAUUAAAAUCAGAUUUAUCUCUAACUACCGAUGACAAAACUCAUACAAUCACUGCUAAAUUAGAAAGAAAUCAGCUCAAGACAAAUCUUGUUGGUCGCUAUACAUGUUCAGAAAUAAUUAAUAAUAAAAAACAUAAAACAACCGUUCAUAUAUUUAUUCAAGAUGGACAUUCUGUAUUUACUAAAAGACUUUAUCCAGCUGUAUUCAAACAAACGGGUAUUCAUUUUUUUAAUUUACCAUGCCAAGCUACUAGUUGGUAUCCGAGAAUGUCAUGUCCAAUACCAUCCGGUGGGAAACAAUGUAAGGUACGUCAAUGUAAUUUACAAGAACGUAAAAUAAAUGAACUUGAAUGUCAUAUGCCUAUAUGUGAUGGGCACGAACGAUGCAUUCCGGUUUAUUAUACACCGUCAAAUUUAACACGAGAGAAAGUCUUUUUUGAUCCACAAAUUGGUUUUGCACUUGAAAAUCCAACAAUACCGGAUACAUUAACUUAUUUUAAUUGUAUGAGUAAUUAUACACCAAGUGAAGAAUCUAAAAUUCUAUUCGAUUCAUUAAGUCGUAUAACCGAUCAUGUACAAAUUCAUCAAUCAAGUUUAAGAGUUACGAGUGAUGAAAUCUUAAGAUUAACUUGUGAAAUUCGAUAUGGAAAAAAAAUAUAUAAAAAGACUCCAACACUUUUUUGGUUCGAAAAUAUUUAUAAUCUUAAUUUAAUAUUAAAUCAAACAGAAAAACCAGUAUUUGAUAGUAAAACACAAGUCUAUAGUCGAAAUAGUUCAAUAGCACUGCAAGGAUUUAAACCAAAUAACAAUUAUCGAUUUUAUUGCGUACGUGUAUCUGACCAUGGACUUUAUUCACAUUCUAUUGUUAUUACUUGUGUUGGUGCACCUUCGCUUGAUCUUAACAUCGAUUCAAGUGAAUCAAAUGCUGAUAAUAAAAUUUCCUAUGGAUCAAAUGGUAUUUAUGAUAUAACUAUUAUUAGUAUUCCACGUUCGCCUGUUGUAUUCGAAAUAUCACGUAACGGAAUUUCAUUAAUAAAUGAUAAACGAUUUGAGAUAUUACCUAUGUAA